AUAAUACAGAUUAAAGAUAGCAUUAAAGCAAUACACUUCUAAAAGUAACUCCCAGUGACUUGAAUUUCAUUCGAAGGAAAUUGUGAUUAACGAUUGAAACAUUUAUAAUUAAUUACAAUUAAUAAAAAUGACUGAGAUUCCUUCUGUAACGCUUGUGAAUGGUUAUAAAAUGCCUAUGUUUGCUUUAGGAACAUAUUUGUCUCAACCAAAAGAAGUAGAAAAAGCUGUUAUGGAUGCUAUUGAUCUUGGAUAUCGUCAUAUUGAUACAGCUUUCUUUUAUGAAAAUGAACACGAAAUUGGUGCUGCAAUACAAGCAAAAAUUAAAGAUGGAACUGUUAAAAGGGAAGAUCUUUUCAUUACUACGAAGCUAUGGAAUAAUCGUCACAAGGAAAAGGAUGUAGUUCCAACUUGUAAAAAAUCCUUAGAUAAUCUCGGCUUAACUUACAUAGAUUUAUAUUUAAUUCAUUGGCCAUUUGCUUAUCAAGAAGGAGAUGUAUUGAUACCCAAAGAUAAAGAUGGUAAGCUUUUAUUAUCAGACACCGAUUAUAUUGAAACAUGGAGAGGAAUGGAAGAAUGUGUUAAUCAAAAAUUAACUCGUAGCAUUGGCGUUAGUAAUUUUAAUUCCGAACAAAUCGUUCGAUUAGUAAAAUCUUCUAAAAUUGUUCCAGUAAAUAAUCAAAUCGAAGUUAGUGUGAAUCUUAAUCAAGAAAAAUUAAUAAAUUUUUGUAAAAAGUAUAAUAUUGUGGUAAGCGGUUAUUCACCUCUUGGAAGACCCGGCAAUAGAUUAGGUAUUAAAAAUUCUUUGGAUAAUCCAACAAUUAUUAAAAUAGCAGAAAAAUAUAAAAAAAGUCCAGCACAAAUUGCACUUAGAUAUGUCUAUCAACAAGGUGCUGCAGUAAUUGCUAAAUCUGUAACGCAAAGUAGAAUUAAAGAGAACAUGGAGAUAUUUGAUUUCGAACUAACACCGGACGAAAUGAUUGCUAUAAAAGCAAUUGGUACUGGCGAAAGAAUAGCACCAGCCGCAGAAGUACAAGGAAGCAUCGAUCUUUUAUUUUCAAUUGGAAAAAAAAGGAAGAAUAAAAUGGUUUUAAACGUACCGGACGUUAAGUUUUACAAUGGCAAUACUGUUCCACAAUUUGGAUUGGGUACUUGGAAGUCAAAACCCGGAGAAGUUGUUCAAGCUGUUAAGGAUGCCAUAGAUAUUGGUUAUCGUCACAUUGAUUGUGCUUUUGUUUAUGGUAAUGAGAAAGAAGUCGGGAAAGCAAUAAAAACAAAAAUUGCAGAAGGAGUUGUCAGCAGAAAAGAUUUAUUUAUUACUAGUAAACUUUGGAAUACCUUUCAUCAACCCGAUUUAGUUGAACCUGCUAUUACAAAAACAUUGAGCGACCUUGGUCUUGAAUACUUAGACCUAUAUUUAAUUCAUUGGCCUAUCGCUUACAAAGAGGGCGAUAAUUUAUUUCCAAAAAAAUCUGAUGGUUUUCCUGAAUUUAGUAAUGCUGAUUACAUUGACACAUGGAAGGCUAUGGAGGGUUUAUUAAAUAAAGGAUUAACAAAGAACAUUGGCGUCAGUAAUUUCAAUUCUGAGCAGAUUAAUAGAUUACUUAAAAAUUGUACCAUUAAGCCGGUAACAAAUCAAAUCGAAUGUCAUCCAUAUCUAACGCAAAAGAAAUUGUCUGAUUUCUGUAAAGAAAAAGGAAUUAUCAUUACCGCUUAUAGUCCUUUGGGCUCACCAGAUAGACCGUGGGCUAAACCGGAUGAUCCAAAAUUAUUGGAGGAUGAAAAAUUGUUGGAACUUGGAAAGAAGUAUAAUAAAACACCAGCGCAAAUUCUUUUGCGCUAUCAAUUGGAUCGUGGACACGUUGUGAUUCCAAAAUCCGUUACCAAAUCACGUAUCCUCGAAAAUAGUAAUAUUUUUGAUUUUCAACUUAAACCUGAUGAUAUUGCAUACAUAGAUUCUUUCGACUGUAAUGGAAGAAUUUGUCCGAUGACAGGAUCUGAGGGAAGUCCUUAUUUUCCAUUUGCCAUUCCUUUCUAAUUAAUACAACAGAUAAGUAAGAUUAGUUUUGAUCGCGUUCAUAAAAAUAUAUACAUAUAAUUAUUUUUAAAAUAUGUGUAUCGUAAAUAUUUUCUUUGUUAAAUACGUUUAUACGUACGUUCGUAUUUUUCUACGCAUGUAUUUCGAUAUUAACAAAUAAUAAAUUUUCGUUAAAUAAAGAA